AGCAUGAUGAAGAUCCAUAGUCCGUCGUGCAUUGCACAUGCACUGAAGUAGCAUGCUACAUAUGUCGUGGUCUUCACGAACAAAAAAUAGCGAAAAAGAUGUACGGAGGCGAGCGAGUCGGCAUUGCCGCCUGUCCAGUGUGCGACCGAGUUUUCCGGCCUCGCACAGAAUCCGUGGACGCGCGUGCGUGCCUCCGGCAGCACAUCCGACAGCUGGCGCAAAAUGGUUGCGACCAGCAUCUGGAGCUUCACGCCAGUAACUACCUGAAUCCGCAUGCACCGCACGGUUCAUCGACUCUGUUUCCUCUGCCUUUCGGGUUGACUCCGGAGCAGACCGCGGCAGCGCGGGCGGAGCGCGAAGCUGUGCGGGCGGCUGCCCGUUUGCAGGAGGAGGAGAAACGGGCUGCGCGGAAACUCGCCCGGGAACUGUAUUCGCUCGCCCAGGGGGGCCACGAUCUCGGCCGUUUGGCGGACCUGCUGGAUUUGGAUUAUUCUGUGGUGGUGAGCGAAGACCAGAAAAAGAAAGCGUGCGGGUCUCUGCUACACCGGUACUAUCGUCAUUUGUUAGAAGUGCAGGAGGUCGCUGAGGAAGCAGAGAAGCAGGCACAGGAACAAGCAGAGGAUGUCGAAGACGACGAAGAGCUUGAUCAUCUUGAAGAACAACAUGAAACUGCCACCGCAGUAGACUGUUACAACGCACAUAAUGACAAUUCAAAAAAGCGCAACAGUACCAAUAGUCGAAUAGUAAACACGGCGGGCGACACUGGCUCAUCUCUAGGAGCAUCUAACUCGACCACCACUGCCGCGGCCUCCACACCCAGCACGGAGGCUAGUGCAGGUUCACCUUUGGAAGAUGAGCAUCACCAUCAGCGUCUUGCUUCUCCAAAUGAGGAGGUGGAUCAUCGUGGGACAAGCACAAGCACCAACUCAACAACGUCUAACAGCAGUCUUGCCAUUGCUCGCGCGGCGAAUAGGAGCAGCGCUAUUUCAACGAUUGGAGCAAGAAAUGUCGACGCAGAUGAAUCUGAACCAGCUGCAGCUGUCGCGACCACGACAGUAAAUGUAAAUGCGAAUGGCAAGAAGCUGGUGAAAAACAGAAAUGACUGCUACUCGUCCCUCCUCGACGCAAAUAGGAAGCAUCGGAAAAUCCUGAAUCUGAACGCUGGCGGAGAAGACGGCUACACGCCACUGAUGACAGCCUGUGAAAAUGGGAAAACUUCUGUCGUCAAACUCCUGCUGUGGACAUUGGCCGACGAGGAGGCGGAGGCGGAGUCGCUACAGCCUCACACGGACAGGCUGCUCGUGAAGAAAGACGAAAUAAAGGAAUACUCCCAGCGAAAAUCGCUCGUGGGGCGGGUGCGUGGUUGUACGGAUCGUGAGCCAGCGCGAAGUGUUGAAACCGGAACCGCAUUUGCUCGGGUGGCUGCCGUGCCGGCACAACUGGGCUUUCUACCAACUGCAUCUUCUGGGAACAACUCCUGUUCGGCGCAAGAAGAACAAUUAUUGGCCCUUGAACAGGCAGAACCUGGGAUGCACUUGCAGGUGCGCGUGGUACCAUCGGAAUUCCACCAUUGGGGCACGUCGUUUGAAGAGCGCCGUUUUGUAGACUAUACCUUUUGCCGCAACACGCCGAAGGAGCAGCCGGUCGAAGAUCCGAAGCGCAGACCAGACGACAAGAAGCUACAGCUACACCUCGCGAACGCGUACGGGCAAACGGCGCUUUCCCUUGCCGCGACCAAGGGCCACAAGCAGAUCGUGCAGAUGUUGCUGAAAACCUUCUCCGAACAGACCACGGCCAACAAGCUCCUGCCAACCAUGGAGCAGAAGAACACGAGGCCGGUGCAGAAACACCCGGUGGAAAAAAAGUGUUUCAGUUUUUUCGAGACCGGAAACCCCGCGGAGGAGGCCCGGAAGGUGGGGCACUCGGAAAUUGCGGAUCUGAUCGCGGAGGCUGCAACCGGGUGGCAGAAAAAGUAUUUCGAGCUGGCGCAGAAGGACUGGACAAACCUUCCGGAGAAAACCUACGACUCCCUUGUCGACCGGUGCGUGGCUUUCUGCGCGAAAACCAUGGGUGUGCACGUCCGGCCCGUUAACCACGGGGCGGGAGACCAGCCGCUGGCCGGUGGCGCACCGCUUUGCUUUUUGUGUUUCACCGAAGAGGUGAACGCGGCACUGGUGCCAUGCUUCCACUGCAAAACCUGUUACGCCUGCGCACAGGAGCUGCUGCGCCGGAAUGAGCCCUGUCCCUUCUGUCGAGUCGCAUGCACCUCGGUGCAGCGGAUGUAUUUGUAAACGAAGUACUUAGUGUUCUCGAUGCUUAGCGAUAGAAGUAUAUUUUCAGUUUGGGUUAGGUUUUGCAGUUUUGGAAAAGGGCUGUAGCUGAGUACUCACAUUUUGGUGGAAAGAGACAAAACUUGCGUGUAACAAUGCUGAAGAUCGUAGCUGCUUUUGUGCUACAGUACUUAUGUUGAAGAGCUCCACAACGCCGCCACGUCUGGGCGCCUAGCGAAAUAAAGCAGAUAUUGUGUGCAAAUGAAUACGAAAUCGAAAACAAGUCUCCGCAUA